UUUUCCUCUCCAGUGUUGGCCGGUCUUCGGCCUUUACACAAGGCUCGAUCUGACCGGGUCGUAAAUUGGAUCCGGCGAAUCUGUCGCUAGGCCAACUCUCGUCCCUCUAAUCUACAUUAAACACCAUCGCAAUACAAUUAAAAAAUUGGCAAUUGACAAUUAGAAAUGAACAACUGACAAUUGAAAAUCAACAAUUAACUUCUGGAAGACAAACUUUAGUUGGUCGAUCUCAUCACCACGGAAGACCUACAUAAAUGUGUUCCAGAAAAGAAGAAUUUCUACCCAAGACUCAACAAUACUCUCCUCAAGUGAUUUUCCACUCUCAGGAAAAUUUUUCCCGAUUGAUGAAGAAGCGAUCACUUGAACAUCAUCACGUCAUCAUUGGCAUCAAUAUUGACAGACAUCCCUUAAAAUCAAGCCGAAGAUUCAUUUCCAGAACACUCUGAAACCAAAUUUUUGAUCUCCAAAUAUAAGUGCUUGACUGUGAUAUUGAAAGUGAUAUAUAGUAACUAGUGGAUCUUUUAUCUACAAACUAUCAAAAAUAUCGAACAAUUUUCGAAAGUACCAAGACUUUUAGAAACGCAACUCUUUCAAUCGUACCUCAAAAUCGAUGUCCACGCAUCGGUUGAAUGUGCUAGUGACACUCGUGCUUGCCGCGUGGCUUAUUAUUCCAGAAUUAGUAAAAGCUCAAUCGGAUAUCUUUCGAUAUGGCCAGAAACGAUCAGGAGACAAGCAUUACUGUGGUCAACAUCUUUCGAAUGCAUUACAACUCAUGUGCAAUGGUCGAUACAACUCAAUGUUUAAAAAGAGCGGUCAAGAGAUGGAGAUAGAUGAUACCCCUUUUGCCUACGAUGAAUUCUACCCAUUCAGAUCACGACAAAGCGCGAACGCCAUGAUAGGAAGAUUUGGCGGUGGUCGUUUUCGAAGAUAUUCACGCGGUGUCCAUGACGAGUGUUGCUUAAAACGAUGUAGUAUCGACGAACUAACCAGCUACUGCGGCCCUUAAGGCGAAUUACAUGUCUUUCAUUAUACAAUUUUUUUUCUUUUCUCACUUCCAAACUCGCUACGAGCUCAGCCAUUAAGACGAAAAAACACAAAAAUUUAUAGACUGGUUUACCAAUAAAGGAAAACAAAGAUAAGAAAAUGGGGAAAAUCAAACGAUAUAUAGUAAACUUAGGUAAGAAGUAGAUAUAUUUAUUUCUGCAAAAUAUAUUUAUUUCUUCAUAA